AUGUCGAAGCUUUUCAUUGGUGGUCUUUCCUGGAACACAGACGAUCAAAGUCUGCGCCAGCGCUUUGAGGAAUUCGGCGUCGUCGAGGAUGCUACCGUUGUCAAGGACCGCGACACCGGCCGCAGCCGCGGUUUCGGUUUCGUCCGCUACGCCACUGAAGAUGAGGCUACUGCCGCGAUGGAUGCCAUGAAUAACCAGGAACGCGACGUAACGGUGGUUAUCGAUCAGAUUUGUGUUGACACCCACCCUCUUUCUUUCAGAUUCGAUGGUCGUCAGAUCCGUGUUGACAAGGCUACUGAGCGCGCUGCCGGUGGCGGUGGUCGCGGCGGCUUCGGCGGCGGCGGCGGCGGCUUCGGCGGUGGCGGUUACCGUGGUGGCUACGGCGGUGGUGGUUACGGCGGUGGUCAAGGCGGCUACGGCGGUGGCCAAGGUGGUUAUGGCGGUGGUCAAGGUGGCUAUGGCGGUGGUCAAGGAUACGGUGGUCAGGGCGGCUACGGUGGUCAACCCCAGGGUGGCUACGGCGGCGGUUACUAA